AUGAUCCAAUCCAAUCCCGACAUCCAUCUCAUCCAGAGUAAGCCAGACACCCAAGUGAGGCCUUACAGCCUGUCCCUCUCCCCAGAUGACUACCACCACUACUUACCCAAACCCAAGCGCCUGCUGCGUGCCCCCCGGUUGAAGAAGUUGCUGGGCUCUUCCUAUGAUCCCUUCUGGAUGUCUCCCGAGGACCCCCGAGGUCAGAACACAAGCCUAGAAGAAUUUGGUACCCUGAGCCAAGACCUGGCUGAACGUACCGCCCGAUAUAGGAAGAAACUUCUACAGGAGGCCAAGGGACUCGAUCUUUCUGAGCUGCUGUCUUCUGAAGAUGGGAUCUAUGGCAACCUGAGCCAAGUCCUCCUCCCCCGCCUCCAUGAGUGGCUAGUGGCUAGUGCUACCUGCCGUCUGACCUCUUCCUGGGUGGAUAUGGGACCCAUCUUCUGGCCACGCUGGGUACGCCAUACAGACUGUGACAUCACGAAUGCUGGGUGCUCUUGGCCUCCAGGCAUGGUUUGCCGGCCUGCGCAAAUCACCCACAUCAAACUCCUUGCAUGGCAUUGUUGGGUAAGCAGGGACCAAAUUCGGGGUCCUAGGAAGUCCCAUCAGCAGUGCACAUGGAGGCAAAUCCCUUAUCCUGUGGUGGCAGCAUGCAAGUGUUCCUGUUGAUGUUGAGAUAGUGUGACGGAGGUUGCAGAU